AUGAAGAAACACCAAAAACACCACCUUUCACUGUGCCUUUUAAUCCUAAUUUUAACAGUUCAAUCCAUAUCUGCCAUUGAUUUCUUGUACAACGGCUUCAAUUCUUCCGAUGUAUCUCUCUAUGGAAAUGCCACAAUCGAAUCGGGGAUUCUUAUAUUAACUAAUGAUACAUCUUACUCUAUUGGUCGUGCCCUUUUCCCGACAAAGAUUGCCACAAAACAACCGAGUUCAUCCCAGGUACUUCCCUUUUCGACGUCUUUCAUUUUCGCUAUGGCGCCGUACAAGGAAAGGCUCCCAGGACAUGGUAUAGUUUUCUUGUUUGUGCCAAACACAGGAAUCAAUGGUUCCAGUUCGUCUCAGCAUUUAGGCCUGUUUAACUUAACGAAUAACGGGGAUCAGAGUAACCAUGUUUUUGGAGUUGAAUUUGAUGUGUUUGAGAAUGAAGAAUUCAAGGACAUCAAUGGCCUGUUUAACUUAACGAAUAACGGUGAUCAGAGUAACCAUGUUUUUGGAGUUGAAUUUGAUGUGAUUGUGAAUGAAGAAUUCAAGGACAUCAACGACAAUCAUGUCGGAAUUGAUGUGAACUCGCUCGAAUCGAUUAUGGCGCACGAGGCGGGCUACUGGAAUGAUGAGAAAACCUUUAAGAAACUGAAGCUGAAUAAUGGCAAAAAUUACCAAGUUUGGAUUGAUUAUGCUGAUAAUAAUAUCAAUGUUGCAAUGGCACCCGUGGGAAUGAAAAGGCCUAAGCAGCCCUUGUUAAACGUUUCACGCAAUUUUUCUGAUGUUUUCGAGGAUCAAAUGUAUGUUGGUUUCACCGCAGCCACAGGUACUCUAAUUGAAAGUCACAAGAUUUUAGCUUGGAGUUAUAGCAACAAGAACUUUUCGCUACACGAAGGAUUGAUCACAAGUAAUUUGCCAUCUUUCGAGCUUGGUAAAACUCCAAUCUACAAAUCCAGAGGUUUUAUUGCAGGCAUAACAACGGGGCUAUUCUUUUUGAUCAUCAUAUGUUCUAUAGUUGUUUUCUUGUUGCUCAAAAGGAAUGAAAGGAUAAAAAGGGAGAAAGAGGAAAUGGAAGAUUGGGAACAAGAGUAUUGGCCACAUAAAAUUAGUUUUCAAGAAAUUGAGGCAGCUACAAGGAACUUUUCGGAUGAAAAUGUUAUUGGAAUUGGAGGGAAUGGGAAAGUGUAUAAGGGGAUAUUGACAGGAGGAGCAGAGGUUGCAGUUAAGCGAAUUUCGUGUGAAAAAAACGAAGGGACGAGGGGUUUCUUGGCUGAAAUUUCAAGCUUGGGAAGAUUAAAGCACAGAAAUUUGGUGGGGUUAAGAGGUUGGUGCAAGAAAGAGAAGGACAGCCUCAUUUUGGUAUAUGAUUACAUGGAAAAUGGAAGUUUGGACAAAAGGGUGUUUGAAUGUGAUGAGAGCAAGAUUUUGAGUUGGGAAGAAAGAAUAAGAAUUUUGAAGCAAGUGGCUUGUGGUGUACUGUAUUUGCACGACGGAUGGGAAGCCAAAGUGUUACAUAGGGACAUUAAAGCGAGCAAUGUGUUACUUGAUGAUGAAAUGAACGCAAGGCUAGGUGAUUUCGGGUUAGCACGAAUGCAUGACCAUGACAAGGCAGCUCGCACCACGAGAGUGGUGGGUACAGUUGGGUAUUUGUCACCGGAAGUGAUGAAGAGUGGUCGAACAUCAACAAAAACCGACGUGUUUGCAUACGGAGUUUUGGUUUUGGAGGUCAUGUGUGGGAGACGACCGGUUGAAGAAGGCAAACCACCUUUGUUAAAUUGGUUAUGGGAGCUUAUGGGGAGAGAAGAAUUGAACAAUGCCCUUGAUGCACGAUUGCAUGCUAAAGGAGGAUUCGAUGAAGAGGCAGUCGAAAGAGUGCUUCAUUUAGGCUUGUUAUGCACGCACCCAGACCCUAACACUAGGCCAACAAUGAGACAAGUAAUGAAAUUGUUUGAAGGGAAGACCACGUUAGAUGAAUCCGAAGUCGAGGAUAUGGAUGUGUACCUCCUAGAAAAGAUGAAAUCUAAAGGAUUUUGGUCCAUUUAUCCCCGGACUUUCAGCACAGAUUCUAGUUCCGUCCCAACAAUCGAAGAGAUCAGACUAGGAUUGUCUUCCUCCAUUGCAGACUAUAGCUCCAGUUCCAUUUUACAGGGUAGGUGA